AUGCCGGCGCCCCUUCUCAUCACAGCGGAUCAGGUCAAUUGCCUCAUACAUGCUUAUUUUUUAGAUUCUGGCUUCCAGCAUUCUGCUUUUGCCAUACGAAUGGAAGGUCGUCUCGACCAGUCACCUCACAUCAAGAAGCAUAUUCCACGCGGUGAACUUAUCGAACUUCUCAGCAAAGCGCUCCUGUAUUCCGAGGUCGAGGCCCAUUGGAAGGGAGACGAGUUGUCUACAAAUUGUUCAGUUCCAUUUUCACUCUUAGACCCUCACGCUUGUUCGCUCCAGCCUCAUUCUUCCACAAACAAUAUUCGCGAGCCCAGUGCUGCCAAAGUAAAUGGUGACACUGCCGGCAAAAGGAAGGCGACGACUCCUUCUGAAGAUGCCCGCGCUGAGAAGAGAGCAAGGAAGGAGCAGGACGAGAAAGAUGCGCAAAUGAACGUCGACGGUGCACCCACGCCAAAGCCAAAACCGAAGGAUGCUAAGUCAGACCCACCGCAAGCCUUACAAGAACCUCCCACUAAGAAGCUCAAACACAAACCUAGUGUUGUCGGAGCACGUCCUGGUGCUGUCCGGUUCUUACUGGCUCACAAGACUGAAGUUUUCGUUGUCGCGUGGAAUCCUGCUACAAAGGGCCAGCUAGUCUCUGGGUCGCGUGAUGCUGUUGUGAAUUAUUGGGCCGUGCCCAGUGGACCAAAUAAUGAUCACACAGCCCCCAUACAACCCACCCUAACUCUACCAGACUUGACUUUAGAUUCACAGGCUGAUUUGACAGCAUUAAAUUGGAAUCAUGAUGGCUCACUCGUAGCUAUUGGCUCCUAUGAUUCCAUCCUCAGAAUUUGUACAGCGAGUGGGGAAACAUAUUUCAAGGAUAGUCACCAUAAGGGUCCCAUAUUCGCUGCGCAAUUUUCACCUUCCGGCCAAUGGAUCGCCACAGCUAGUUUAGACUGCACCUCAUGUGUUUGGGAUGUCAAGCAAAAAAGAAUACAUCGACAGUAUCGUAAUCACGGAGAUGCUUGCUGCUUGGAUGUAGAGUGGCUGGACGAUUCAACUUUCGCAAGUUGCGGUGCAGACAAAGUCGUUCACAUCCUAUCCUUGACAGCUACCGGGCCAUUGCAUACUCUCGAGGGCCAUGCAGGAGAGAUCAACUCUGUCAAGUGCAAUCCUUCUCGAACACGGCUAGCAUCAUGUGCGGACGAUGGCACCGCACGUAUAUGGAACAUCGAAAACGUACAUUCCGAGAAAGCUCUACCACCGCCUGUAAUACUCAGUGGCCACCAACAAUGUCUCACCUCCAUAGAGUGGUGUCCUGUCACUGGACCUGGUGAGCCUGAACUGGUUGCAACAGCCUCGUUUGAUGCCACUGCCCGACUGUGGGAUACUGUCACUGGAGCUUGUACUAAGGUCUUUGCGGACCACACCAAACAUGUCUACGCCGUUACCUUCAGCCCAGACGGGCGUCACCUCGUCACUGGCGGAGGUGAUGGUUCGUUGAUUGUAUACGAAUCGAAGGAGAAGAAAUGGUCAUGGUAUACUGGCGAGAAGUCUGGCAUAUUCGAGAUUGACUGGCAGAGUUGGGGGAAUACCAGUUUGAUUGCGCUGGCUCUGGAACGUCAGAUGGUGGCUAUUGUUGAUCCUGGCAAGGUGCCGGCGCUUCAGAGUUCUUGA